AUGACCAUAUGCGCUGCGUGUGGCGUCGACGACGACUCACACGACCGCGCCGACGCGCGAUUACUGAAGAAGACACAUUUCCGUUCGGGACAAAUCAGAGUCCUUCGGGACGUGUUCCACCGAGUGGCCAAAUCCGACGAUAAGAUCGACUUCAAGGAGUUCCAGCUCGCGUUAUACGGCGACGCGGGCGAUGAGAAGUCGAGCGAUUUGUUCAGCGAGCGAAUUUUCGCGUGUUUCGACGCGAGAGGCGACGGGACGGUGAGCUUUGAGGAGUUUGUGGUCGGUUUAGACGUGUUUCACCCGGACGCGAGCGUCGAGGAUAAGACGGCGUUCGCGUUUCGAGUGUACGAUUUACGAGGGGUCGGGGCGAUCAAUCGGGAGGAUGUCCGGAAGAUGCUCGAGGCGGUGCUCAGGCAGUCGCGCGCGAUGUCGCUGACGAAGGAGAUGACGGAGUCGGUGCUCGAUAAGACGUUUGAGGACUGCGACUUGAACAAAAACGGAACCAUUUCUCUGAGUGAGUUCCAGAUCUUGGUGAAGAAGAACGAUAGGAUCAUCGCGAACAUGACGAUGGAGAACUUAGCGUCGCUAACGAAGAGGUACCCGGAGUUUUUGUUUGCAGAUUACAGUUAG